UAUGAAUGACAUAAUCACGUUAUGCUCAUUAUAUAUUUACAGUUUCUUUGUUUUGUUUCAGGAAAUGUGAGCGCCAUUUUCAUUUACAAAUGGAAAGGCGAGGAGCUGGUAAAAGCUCUACAAAACGAUUCAACCGUCUACGUGCAUAUCACUAUUGCAGCACAUACCUCAUCUAGACAAGCAAACAUAAACAGGACGUCGGUGUUAUUCGUCUCGAUAACAUUCAUCGUUCUGAUGGUGAUAUCUUUGACAUGGCUAGUGUUUUACUAUGUACAAAGGUUUAGGUACAUCCGUACCAAAGAUAAAAUAUCUCGAAGGCUUGGUAAUGCAGCGAAGAAGGCAUUAUCCAAAAUACCAACUAAGAAUCUGAAAUGCGAAGAUAAGGAAAUGCAAGGUGACUGUGAAUGUUGUGCCAUCUGUAUAGAACCAUAUAAGAUCUCCGAUACGUUAAGGAUUUUACCAUGCGGGCACGAAUUCCACAAGAGCUGCAUAGAUCCAUGGUUGCUGGAACACCGUACCUGCCCGAUGUGCAAGAUGGACAUCCUGCGCCACUACGGAUUCGUGGUCAGUUCACCCUCAUCAGUUAGCGGCUAUAUUUAGUAGAACAGUCUGUCGCUUAACACGCAACACUUCACCAGAAUAUCUGUGAUACACUAUCAUCAUCCGUCUAGCACUCUUCACCACUACUCCUCAACUCUUCCUAGUCUAUCGGCAACAAGUAGCGCUUGUGCGGUAUGUGGUGUCUGGUCUGUUUUGGUGGAGACAUAUGAACCAAAUUAGACAGGCCCCUGCAUUCUUUGGAGAAAGCAAUGAAAUAUGGAAGCCUUAUAGUCCAAGAAGUACCGGAAAAAACACCCUAUACUCUAGGCGCUGAAGAAAGAAACUAAACCCAAACAAAUACACGCAUAUUGCUCGUGAGUGAGUGUUUAGGUGCAGGAGACAUUACAG